AUGAAUCUGGAUAUUUUCCCAGAACCUUUUUUAGAACUUGAAAAAAACUUGCUAAAGUCAACGCGUAAAAUUCUCUUAGGGAUUAAGCAUUCAUUAGGUGCGCAAUAUGAUGGGAAGGGGCAAAAUGAAAAGAUUGUAAGGAGUAAUGAAAUGAUGGGAAGGGGCAAAAUGAAAAAUUGCAAGAGUAAUGAAAAUAUUUGGAAAGGGCGCAAUGAAAAUAUUUGGAAAGAGUGCAAUGAAGGAUUGGAAGAGCGCAAUGAAGGAUUGGAAUAG